AUGGAUAUCGAUCACGUUCCCACAGACGCCAAGUCAAAGGAAGUCGUCCGACUUUGGCGGGCAUGGAGGACUGUCCAUGAGAUGGUCGCGGACCGAGAAUACGAGCUCGCUGAGGAGGAAGUCAAGAUCUCUCUCGACCGCUUCCGCGACGAGUACUGCAACCCCGACGGUUCUAUCAACCGCAACAAACUCUCGUUCUCGGCGCGUCCUAGCACAGCCAUGAUGCGCAAGUUUACUCCUCCCGCGACAGCAGCCAACCCCGAUCCUGUUGCCGACUGUGGCCCUAUCUGGAUCGAGUUCCUUGCCGACAAGACUUUCGGUGUGAACCAGAUUCGAGCAUUUGCCUCAUACGUGAUCUCAAACAACUACAAGACCGGCAUCAUGAUAACUCACGUCCCUCUUUCUCCCGCCGCCCGAAGGUCGCUUGCUAGCGUCGAAUCACUUGCGAAGAUUGAGUGUUUCCUCGAGGACGAUUUGCUUGUCAACAUCACCCACCACGAGCUUGUUCCCAAGCAUGUUCUCCUUUCCCGUGAGGAGAAGAUUGCUCUUCUCAAGCGCUACCGUCUUAAGGAGACCCAGCUCCCUCGUAUUCUGCAGAAGGAUCCUGUUGCUCGUUACUUAGGCCUCAAGCGAGGUCACGUUGUCAAGAUCAUCCGAAACAGUGAAACAGCUGGUCGAUAUGCCAGUUACCGAUUGUGUGUAUAG